ACAGUUUUCCUCAGCAUCUGUCUCCUUAAAUCGCUGCCAGAGAUUUUUAACCCACCGAGCCCGUCUCCCAACGCGCAUGACUUCUUUCCUUUCUGCUAACACGGAAGUUGGUGACGCACAAUUUCAUGGGGACUAGGAAAUAAACAAAAACAUCGCCAUCGCGUCUGUGACAAAAAAAAUAAUAAAAUAAGGGGUGAGUGUGCAAAUUUCGGGUUGAUAUAACACAUUUUAUGGGGAUGAAUUGCAUGCAUGUCUACAGUCGCUGAGAGAAAAUAGAAUUCGCAAUCCAGACGAAACCUGUUCCACCGACGAGCAGCGAAAAGAUUUGCUCUUCCUUUGCUCCCCGGACGGCAGCUUUUGUAACGCGAUAAAAGGGACUGUGCGGGGAUUACAAUAGGACCCAACAUGACGGUGUUUCUGAAAAAGGCUCUGUUUGUUUAAGAACCUCCAGUCGGCUGUGAUGAACAUGCCACUGCAUCAAAUCUCUGUCAUUCCACGGGAUGUGAAUUCAUCAAGAGGCUCAAGUGGGAAAUCAAAGGAGAAGGACCGGGAAAAACAGCCUGCAAUGAAGAGUACAAAUGAGAAGCAGCUGGGACACUCUGCAAGCCGGUCAAGUAAUAUUUCAAAGGCAGGAAGCCCAACCUCCGUAAAUGCCCCUUGCAGCUUCUCACGGACAUCUGUCACGCCAUCCAACCAGGAUAUCUGCAGUUCUGAUGUGGUGGUUGGGGAUCAGGGCCCACACUGCCCUGUACAGACAGCCGUGGUCCUGGUGAGUUCUAGCGGCAAGAAUUCUACGGCUCAGGGUGUCACCGUGACAACCGUCUGCCAGGAUGCUGCCCAAAAGGCCAAAAGGAGCCAUCCUUUUGGGCAGGAUUGGAUGCAUUUGCUGAAGCCUCCUGUAAACAUCAAGUCAGACGGUGGCUCUUUGAAAUUUUCCAAAUCCCUCAACGACGUGGGCCCAAAGAUGGAUAACCUUUCCAGCGGAUUGAAUUUCAUCGAUAGGACAUGCUCUGAGGGAGAGCUGGCACCUGUCCCGUUGAACGGCUCAGGUAUUAAUCAGUUUCAGAUGAGCAAAGCCAAAGGGCACAACGGCAAACCUCACCAUUUCAACUUCCCUUUCUCGGCUCGUGUCCCCUCCUUUUCCACCAACUACAAAUACAUCAGCGGUCCAGGAAGCGAGUACUACGCCAUUCCAAUCCCGCCUCAUGAAGGGAAGUUGGUGCACGAUGCGCAGAAGAGCACAAACAUCCUUCGCCUCUUGUUUCCUUUUUCCCGUUCCUCCACGGCCGGGAGCCUUCACAGGCUCUCGGAGCUGGACAGUUACGCUACGCGCUUGCACAUGGCCAAGUCCUCCAGCGUACUGAUGGAAGGCAAUGAGUCCUAUUGUACCGAUGACAUCGGAGAUGACGAGGUGUUUGAAGACGAUGGCGGUACCGCCAGGUCGCACGGCAAAGCGGACGAUGUGCGCGCCCCCCUCUGCUCGCUGGAGGAGGACAGUGACCUGGAUUUCUGCUCAUCACCCCUGUCUGAGAAAAUGGUCCCACAGUCUCCAUAUUCAAUGUCAGGGGACGUCUGCAGGAUCUGUCACUGUGAAGGAGAUGACGAGAGCCCCCUGAUCACCCCCUGUCACUGCACGGGCAGCCUGCGCUUCGUACACCAGGCCUGCCUGCAGCAGUGGAUCAAGAGCUCGGACACGCGCUGCUGCGAGCUCUGCAAGUACGAGUUCAUCAUGGAGACCAAAUUAAAACCUUUACGGAAAUGGGAGAAGCUACAGAUGACGUCCAGCGAGAGGAGGAAGAUCAUGUGCUCUGUGACAUUCCACAUCAUCGCCAUCACCUGCGUGGUGUGGUCUCUCUACGUGCUCAUCGACCGCACCGCCGAGGAAAUAAAACAAGGUCAGACCAGUGCCGGAAGAAUCCCAGGUAUUUUGGAAUGGCCCUUUUGGACAAAGUUGGUGGUGGUAGCAAUCGGUUUCACUGGAGGACUGGUGUUUAUGUAUGUACAGUGCAAGGUGUACGUCCAACUGUGGAGAAGACUGAAAGCAUACAAUAGAGUAAUAUAUGUGCAGAAUCGCCCAGAGACUUGUAAAAAGAUAGUUUUUGAGAAGCCUGCACUAAUGGAGCCAAACUUUGAGAACAAAGAGGCCCUGGCUCCACACCUGUCAGACACAAACUCUUCCCAGUACACAGAGCCAGAGGACUACAGUGUGGAAAUACUACAUGUCUGAACAGUUACGGUGACCUAACCUCUCAUUCUUGAUGGAACAACUGUUCCUUAUGCUUGGGUGGACAUUCUGUGGCUCACAGUCUUGUACAAAAUUGACCAGGUUCUUUUUUGUUCCUGUUUAUCUGCGUCAGCUAAUCAGUGUGAAUCAGUACACCAGAUCUUGAACACAUCUAACUACUGCCAUCUAACUGCUGUUGUCUGAACUUUAAAUUCUGAGAUGCUCUUGCUCAAGUUCUGGUUACGUCUGUGACAACGCAUACAAGCAUUGUUCUGGCCAUUCCUCUACGCGAUACUCGUGUUCUCUAAAAAUGGAAAAAGAAACUUGAGAAAAGGUUUCAGUUUCAAAAUUCUCCUUUUAUACCAUGAUUUUUGUAACUCAGCAUUGUAGAAGUUGGAUGAAUUCUUGAAUUUUUUUUUAAAAAGGGAGCAGGUAGGUAAUUUUACACUAAGAUAAGCAUUCCACAUUUAAAAAAAAAAAAAGGUUUAGCCCUUAAAAGCAGGUUGUGGUCUGUGUAUUCCGAAAAGCAAAUAAACUAGUGGAAAAAACAAACAUUUUGAAGUUGAAAGAAUGUACAAUUUUUACACUCAUUUUUCUACUGAUUUAACAAGUUAAAGCUUUUCUGCUCCAACUCUCUCCAUCAGUAUCAUGCAAACCUGCUGAUGAAAUCAGUCGUUUUAUACUGUAUGAUUGACAUCUCUUGUAUUAAUUGUCUUGCUUUUUCAUUUGUGCGAUUGUUUAAUUACUAGUGGUGGGGUUUAAGUCUGAAUUGUAAGCGCUAAAUAGGUGCAAAGGAAUCGCAGCUAGCUGUAUGAUGAACUUGCCGACCCCAACUGAGAAAUAAGAACUUCAAGGUGUCUUUGCCAGCAAGAUAAUGCAUACUUUAAAGAACAGUACAUUCCAGAUGGUGACAACUAACAAAAUUCCCAUUUUGAAUUUUUGGUAUUUUACACAAAGACUGUAUAGAUAGAAGUGGAGAUCAGUGAUGCAAUAGCAGAUGCAUGACAUUUGAUCCAGGCGUAUUUUGUAAUUUCAUAGAUCAGAGUGUAAUGAUCUUCCCAUUUGUUGAAAAGGUAGGAAUAUGAUUGUGAUCCGGGCCUUAGACCUGAAACAGUUUUCUACAAAAAUGCUUCGGGCAGUUAGACUACAUGCAUCUUAAAAGUGCAAUUACCCUUUUGUUAAACUGAUCAUAUAGCUAAAUGUUUUGUAUUUCACUGUGUAUUGUGUACAGGUGGACUGGAUACAUAUUUUUUUUUAUAAGUUUUGUUGUAUUUAUUGAGAAAAUAAUUUUGAAAGCGCACAGUUUUUGUGUAUAUACGGCACUCGUCCAAGUUACCUGAAGUUUAUGCAACUAACACUUAGCAAUUGAAAUCACAGGAGUAUCAUAUGUAAUGUUGCUUUUGUACAUUCCCACCCAUUCACAUGCUCUUCAGCAUCCCCGCGACGUGCUUUGCAUACUUGGACACUUGGAGAAGACACAAGGGCUUUGUCCUUAUUGCCCUUUUCAAAUGUUAUUGUUGUGUAGCGUGGUAGGUAACAACUGAGUGAAGUAUAACACAGUGCCGUACAAUCCAAAAAGAGGGGUGAAGCAUAGAUAUGUAUGGAAAACAUUCCAAACAAUGGAAAACCAUGGGAAAAAGGGAGCAAAUCCUCUCUUGUGAGGGUGCACUGUUUAGGCAUGACACAUGACACAAUGUUGAAAGAAAAUAAAGGCUUGGUUAUAAUCAAGAAAGAAACUCAAAGUUAGGUCUUUCAUUUGUUUUUUUUAUUUGUAAGAACCAUUAUUUCUGUCUGUCUUUUAUCCUAUGCUAGUUAUUUUUUAAUGAACUGUAAGAUCUUCCAAGGUAAAUGUACUUUAACGUGCUCCAAGGAUGACUAACAUUAACAUGUUACCAUGGGUGGUAUACUGAAGAUAUCAUAUAUGAAUAUCAUCCAGAUUGAUUUUCUGCUCAUCUGUUUGUGAGGGACUGGCUUAUAUUAAGUGCUGUCUAGGAUUUCAAACUGAUAUGUUAUUGUUAGGAGCAGUAGAUACAAGGGCAGUCACCAGCUGGUUUUGUUUCAGCUUGUACUGUCUAUGUACUGUAUUAACACCAAGUAUAGUCCAAAGACAGUCAAGAAUAACUUUUCUAUGUAUUAAAGCUUUUAGUUUUCUUAAAUUAGAUCAUUUAAAAUGUACACACAGCUUGAUGAUCUGAAGGGGACAUUAAGGGUAUUUUGCACAAUAAACUCAGCGUUCAAAGGAAUAAACAACUUAAUAGAGGAGUUUGAGAUAAGAAAUGACUUGGAAGCCCAGAGUCAACAUGUUUACAGUCAUUUGCUACAGUACCAGGCCUCCAUUUUUAAUUUCUUCGUAAGAAGGUGUUACUUGCAUAAAAUGAAUUGCUGACUGCUUGCAGGCAUUGAACUGAUCCUGAAAUACUGAAAUACUGCUCUAGUUCUUUUUUAUUGUGUAUUCCUUUUCCAAACCACUGAAUGUGAAUUAUGUUUGAUGUGUAUGUAUUCAUUUGGAUAUCUGUGCUUUUUUUAAAAAGGAGGGUUUUUUUUAAUUAUUUCCAUUUCUUACUUUAUGUUGCAAAAAAAAUAAUAAAGUGGUUGUGUAAUAUAAAUAUUUUCUAUUUCAACCUACCUUUCACUUGAAGUCACAUUUCUCUGGCUGGUCCUACAAAACGGAGCUGCCUGUUGUUUUAGGCCUCAUGUGAUACAGGAGGAGGGUUUAAGAAACUUCAGUUACAUUAAGCCUUUUAGCAGCGGUUCCACUUCACAGCAUUGAACAGAGGUAAAACUGAAAAGUACAUGGACAAAUAACAGAUGACAUCACAGUGGCAUUCCUUUUGGUUUAGAUUGUUCACUGCUCUCAGAGGCUCUUACAAAACGGAGUGUCCAACAAAGAAAAUUGAAGAAUAAACUUGCAGUCUUCAUUGCUUUUAUAGCAGCUAAAUAUGAUUGUUGGUAAGCAAAAAAAAAUGUUGUAACUUAAGUGUAUAGUUUUGUAUUAUUUUAGGUAUGUUUAUAUACUUUUCUCAGUAUUAUCUCACUUUUAGCAGGUUGGCUCCUUAGUUUCCUAUUGAAAUGUAUGUGAUUAUGUUUGUGUCGUGGUUUUGAGGGAUUGUUGAUUGCAGCAAUAAACUUUUGUAAAACAGAAAGAAA